AUGAAGAGAAGUAUUCUUUUCCAAGAGUAUGAUAGUGUUUCAAGCUCGAGUUACAUUGACAAUGAGAAGAACCUCAACACGAAGAGGAAGACAGAGGCCGAAAUCAGUCACUUCGUGUUGUUCCUGGAGGCAAAUGGAGAAGAGAGGAGGCCGGAGAACAUGUCGGAGGAAGACUUGGAUGAGAUGCUGGGAAGAUUCUUCAUAGGCAUACGCAAGGAUAGUGGCGAAGAAUAUGAGCCAGACAGCUUAACCAGCAAGCAUCGGUCCAUUGCCCGUUAUCUAAAAGAGAAGGCCUACCCAGCAGAGAUCAUGACUGAUCGCCGUUUUGCGCAUUCACGUGAAUGCCUUGUGGCGAAGCGGAAGAGCCUGAAGAAGGAAGGGAAGGGAAGUAAGCCAAACCGUGCGGAGCCACUGAGCGCAGCCCAAAUGAAACUCUUGGAAAAAAAGAGGCUUAUUGGGCCGUACAACCCCGAAAGCCUCAUCAGCGCCCUGUGGCUGAAUAACACCAUGCUGUUUGGCAUGCGGUCCCGGGCGGAGCAUUGCACCAUGCUCUGGGGGGACAUAGAAGAAACAACCGACAGCCAAGGACGGAGUGUACUAGAGUACAGUGAGCGGGCGACUAAAACCAGGACCGGUGCAACCUCCGAUUCACGACCAUUUCGGCCACGGGCCUACGCAUGUCCGGAGCGCCCGUCUCCAUGUCCCGUCAACUUGUACAGAGAGUACCGAAAGCGCAGACCAAUGACGCAGAUGCAUCCAACGGCACAUUUUUACCUUGGAAUCAACCAAGCGCGCAAAGCUGGUGCUGAAGUAUGGUUUGUCGAUGGGGAAGAACAAAAUCGGGAGCAUCAUGCGCACCAUGGCUGA